CUUUUAUAAAAGCAGUGAUUGGAAAUAAAAGUUCACAGUUCUAGCGUUGUUUUGGUUUUAAGUUUUGUGUUGUCAUUAAACUUAAUUAAAAAAUCGGUGUUUUGUGAGUUAUCACUUCAACAUUUUUAUUUUAAUAACUUAAUUCAUAAAACAAAAUGCUGCCCCUAUUACGUGCUGCUACCGGCUUUAGUCCCGCCAUGCGGAUCUUCCAAAAGACCUCAAGCCUGCAGCAAAUACGUAAUUUAAAUUUGCUUGAGUGUAAUAGUAAAGAGCUUUUGGAGAAAUAUGGUGUCGCUAUACAGGAAUUCAAAGUACUUGAUAAUUCAUCCAAAGAUGACCAGUUGUUAAACCAAUUUGAUUGCCCAGAGUAUGUAGUGAAGGCGCAGAUAUUGGCAGGGGGUCGCGGUAAAGGUGCUUUUGAUAGUGGGUUCAAAGGUGGCGUGCAUCUUACGAAAAAGAAAGAAGAAGUGUUGUCACUAACUAAACAAAUGAUUGGUCAUCGUUUAAUCACCAAACAAACACCUAAAUCUGGAAUUUUGGUUAAGAAAGUAAUGGUGGCGCGUAGCGUCAAUAUAACACGCGAAACUUAUCUUUCAAUUGUAUUGGAUCGUGAACACAAUGGACCCGUGCUCAUUGCCUCACCAGCUGGGGGUAUGGAUAUCGAAGCGGUUGCCGAAAAGACACCAGAAAAAAUUAAGACAGUGCCAUUGGAUCUCGAUAAGCCAAUACCCCAGAAUGUACUUACUGACAUUGCUAAAUUUUUAGAAUUUAAAGGUGAAUGCGUAGCACGUGCUGCAGGAGAGAUACAAAAGCUCUUUGACCUCUUCAAAGCGGUUGAUGCUACGCAAAUCGAAAUAAAUCCAUUAGCUGAAACCGAUACCGGUGAAGUUAUCUCCGUUGAUGCUAAAUUAAAUUUUGAUGAUAAUGCCGAAUAUAGGCAAAAAGAAAUUUUCGCCCUACACACUGCCGAAGAAGACACAGACCCACGUGAAGUUGAAGCUGCUCAAAACAAUCUGAACUAUGUUGCAAUGGAUGGUAACAUUGGUUGUUUGGUGAACGGUGCUGGUCUCGCCAUGGCCACUAUGGAUAUUAUAAAGUUAAAUGGUGGUGAGCCAGCGAACUUCCUUGAUGUUGGCGGUGGCGUUAAAGAGAAUCAAGUUCUCAAAGCCUUCCAAAUCGUCACAUCCGAUCCCAAAGUAAAAGCUAUACUUGUGAAUGUAUUUGGUGGUAUUGUCAAUUGUGCAACCAUUGCUAAUGGUGUGGUAGCAGCUUCAAAAACACUCAAUUUACAGGUGCCACUUAUUGUACGCUUGGAAGGCACCAAUGUAGAUGCGGCCAGAAAAAUAUUAAAAGACUCGGGUUUGGCCAUACAGACAGCGGUCGAUUUAGACGACGCAGCACACAAGGCUGUUGCAGCAUUACACUAAAAAGCUCCCGAAGUAGCUCAUAUAGCUUUGGUUCACUGAAUACCUUGCAAAUCCAAAAGUGUAUUUUAUAAAAAUUUAUAUGCAGAAUUUAAUUAAAACUUCUCGAAGAAGCAUUUAAUCAGAGUUUAAUGGCAUAGCAACUUGUAUAAUUAGACAUCAAUUUUAGUUUUUAGCCGUGUGAUUGUUAUAAAAGAAAUAUGUUACUAUGUAGCUUUUUAGAAAUAA